UUCUCUUCGGAGAAAUCACGCGGCUGUUGAAUCACAUCAUGGCCAUCACCACACACGCCCUGGACGUUGGGGCCAUGACCCCCUUCUUCUGGAUGUUUGAGGAGAGAGAAAAGAUGUUUGAAUUCUACGAGCGAGUGUCUGGAGCACGGAUGCACGCCGCUUACAUCCGUCCAGGAGGCGUACACCAAGAUAUGCCGCUGGGAUUGAUGGACGACAUCUACGAAUUCGUGAAGAAUUUUUCCGCCCGGGUGGACGAGGUGGAGGAGAUGCUGACCAACAACCGGAUUUGGAGAAACCGCCUAAUCGAUAUUGGGGUGAUCUCCGCGGAAGAUGCCCAGAAUUGUGGUUUUAGCGGCGUGAUGCUUCGUGGAUCCGGGAUCCAGUGGGAUCUUCGCAAAACCCAGCCUUACGACGCCUACGACCAGGUGGAGUUUGACGUGCCGAUUGGAUCGAGGGGAGACUGUUACGACAG